UUGCUGACAGCCAGCUUUCCGUCAUUGUGAUAUUGUUCAAUAAUUUGGGAUCUAAAGAGAAAAUUUACGCUCAAAACUGUUUAGAUGUUGUUUACUUUUGUAUUAAGUGUUUACAAAAUUUGAAAUAAUUACUGCAGUGGCCCAUUAAGGGUUUGUUUGUGGAGUAAUUUGAUGGUGGAACUGGUACUAUAUGUCUUCCCGUUAUGGAUCCAUUUACAAUCGAACAAAACGAAAGUGACUUGUACUACGUGUUUUAUUUGUGAAUAUUUGUGCUAGUUUAGUGCUGCGUAUGAAAAAUGGCGCAGACGGUGAGACGUGCCAUCGAAGGAAGAUAUCCUUCAUGCUACCUACCAAAUAGAAUUAAAGAAAGAAGAAAUAAAGCUAGAGCCUUGAGAUUACAACAGCAAAGCAAGCCGGAUAAACCGGAGGACUUUGUAUGCUACUCCGAUAGUGACAGUGAAGAGGAGACACCCGCUCAGCAGCACCGCAUACUUUCCACAUCUUAUAACUUUGUUGAUUAUGUACGAUCUAGGGAAAUACAGGCACCUGAGCCCCGUUCAGUGGACCCAUCAUACGCAACCCGGCAUAUGCUGACACAUGAUAUGUUCCGCGUCAGUCUCGGCAAUAUGAACAAAGUGUUCUGCUCACAAUGGCUCUCCGAUAGACAAGUUGUCUUUGGGACUAAGUGCAAUAAGUUAAUGGUAUACGAUGUGCGGUCAAGAUCGUUAGACGCCAUCCCCACGUUGCGGCCGCGCACGCCUUGGCCCGGCGCAGAGCAUCAGACGGGUAUACACGCGCUGCAAAUCAAUCCCUCCAGGCACCGAAGCUACACCAUACGCACGAAGCUACACCCUACGCGCAAAGCUAUACUAUACCCACGAAGCUACACCAUACGCACGAAGCUACACUCGCGACGCUUACGCAAGUUUCGUCAUACUUUGUUUUAUCAUAUAUUCAAUCUACGCUUUGACAUAUUGACAGAAAUUUCUGACUAUGCAGGUCAGAAGAUCCGCGCGCUGACAUUCAACCAACGGUGGCGGGAGAUCGCGGCGCUGACGCUGAACGGCUACAUCCACGUCUUCAACGCGGAGACCUUCCGACAGACGCUGUCCCGCAAGCUACCCUCCUGCCAGGACCUGGUCUGCCUCGCCACGCAGGAGAGCGGUAUGUACGCGAUCGGCUGCAAGUCGUACACGUUGCUGUUAGACUGCCGCACGCUGCAGUCCGUGAAGAAGAUCACCUCGCGGUACAACGGCUGCGGCAUCCGCUCCGCCAGCUUCCGCGGAGACAUGCUCACCAUCGGCACCGGGCUAGGUUUAUUGAUGUUUUACGACGUAAGAGCAGGAAAAUAUCUAGAGAGCAACAUUCACUCUUCAAAGACUGUCACUCUUAAAGCUUCUAGAGGAUAUGUGUUCCCCGACGAAGAGGCUGACGGGUACAAUCAGGUGAAGUACGUGCCGGCUAUCUACACGCAUUGCUACGAUGACAGCGGCACGCGCAUCUUCACCGCCGGCGGACCGCUGCCCGCGCCGCUCAUUGGCAACUACGCCGGCAUCUGGCAGUGACAAUACACCACACUACACUACACCACAUAACAUUACGCUACAUUACACCAUAUUAAACUACACUACACUACACUAAACCACGCCACACUACACUACACAACAUAACACUACA